GCAGCUAAGGAUUUCAGCCGCAGUUUCACGUCGGCCACCAGAACUACCGUUGCUCUCUUUCUGGAAAACUCGGUAUAUCGUAGCCGCUAAAGUCACGCAAAAAGAGAUCAAAACUAAUCAUCUUGCAGUGAACAAUAUCGCGCGACGUCGUUCAACGUUCAUCCGGCUUUCGCUCAUUUUAAGGAGGGCAAACGGAUAAACGGUCGCUCGAAUUUGAAAAUCAUCGGAAAAGUUAUAGAGUUAAUCGGAUUGCCCCAAGAUAUAUCACAUCACCCUCGGAAUUUACCGUCAUGAGCCACAAUAAUGACAAUGACGCGGACGCGGCCGCCACAGACACCUCCAAGCCAUCCAUGGACCUCGCGAAGGAGGAAUUCCGCACGAUACUGGAAAAUAUAGACGAACUGAAUCUGUCCGAAAGAAUCUGGCAGUUGCAUCGCACCCGUAUGCGACUAAGGCGGAAGAGGAGACUGCGCCGGCUCUUCGAGCGACCCUUAACGAGCCUGGAGAAAAUAUUUCUCUUUGUCAUCGCGACUUGCAUCAUACCGCUAAUCUGCGCGGUAGUCGUAAAACGGACUGUAACUGAUAAGUGCUUGAUAACGACGCCCUCGGUUAUGCAGAAAGUUUUCCGCCCUCCAGAAAGCUGCUCGAUUUGUCGGGACGUGCAACAGGUUGACAAGCUCGCCGCUGUUGAUCCAGCGAUCUUCGAGCAACGCUACGCGUAUUCAGGCGAACCGGUGGUGAUAACCGAUGCCAUGAUGAACUGGACCGCGCCUGAAGUAUUCUCGUUCGCGUUUUUCAAAAAGCUAUAUCACGGGGAGAAGAUGAGUUCUGGCCAUUGCCAAUUCUUUCCAUACAAGACGGAGUUCCAGAGCCUACAGGAUGUUUUCGAGAUAAGCGACGAUCGCGCCUCGAUGGAAAAGGGCGCGAAGCCCUGGUACGUCGGAUGGAGCAAUUGUGACGACGAAAUCGGCGCGAUAUUGCGGGAACACUAUCAGAAGCCGUAUUUUCUUCCCGCCACUGCCGAAACCAAGAAGACGGAUUGGAUUUUCAUGGGAAGCCGGGGCUACGGCGCUCCGAUGCAUGUGGACAACGUGGAUCACCCCUCGUGGCAGGCGCAAAUAAAAGGAGAGAAAUUAUGGAUCUUGGAGCCGCCGAGGGAAUGUCAUUACGUAUGCAAGCAACUAACGGUGACCGUGCAUCCCGGCGAGAUAAUUGUUUUGGAUACGAAUCGAUGGUACCACCAGACGAAGAUCGUCUCCGAAGACAUAAGCAUCACUAUCGGAGCCGAAUACGAUUAAAGCAAGCAAACCUCAAAAAUUAAUUUAAUUAUAUGGUAUAUAAUAUAUACGAUAAUUAACAAGUAAAUUGUGAUAAGAAUAUAUUCUUCUCUGCAAUGUAGAGAAUAACAAGAACAAAAUAACUUAAUAAAAUAUAAUGCGUUAACAGAAA